CAUUGCUAAUAAGUGUCUAAUAUUUGCAUACAUUUUAUCUUCACCCACAGGUCAAUAAUAGCGUAUUACAAUGGAGCUUGUCAUCAAAGACAUUAGUGGAAAAACACAGCUUGUCAGUGUGUUGCCGAGUGCUACCAUCAGUGAUCUCAAGCAACGCAUCGCCCCUCACUUUGAGACAAAAGCGUCAUGCCUGAAGCUUUCAGCAAGCAGUGGUCAGAUCCUUGAAAACGACCAGAAGACUGUGAGUGACUACGGCCUGAGCUCAGGAUCUACAGUAAUGCUGCUGAUUUCCACGCCCCCUGCACCAUAUCAGGUGUUCAUGAAGAAUUUAAAUGGACAAAUAAAAACGUAUGACAUCACUAAAGAAGAGACCGUCGAUCAAUUCAUGAAAAAGGUCCGCAACAAAGAGCGAACACCAGAGGACCAGCAGUGGCUGAGCUACAACAACCAGCGGCUUGAGCGUGGAAGGAGUCUGCAGGAUUACAAUAUUCUUCCAGGAAGCACAAUUUCCCAGAAUUACCGUCUUCGUGGAGGCUCUGGGGGAAAAAAAUGAGGGCAUUAUUUUGUCCUAUUUAACACUUUAACAAAAUGGCAAAAUACAACAAAUAUAUAUACACACAUUUAUAUCUGAAUUUGUCAUUUUUUCCAAAUAUUGUUCUAGGUUGUUAUUCAUUUUUUUCUAUUAAUGUAAAAUUUUGUUUAAAAUCCCUGUAAUGUUCUCAGUGUCUGCUGUACAUGCUGUAUGUUUCCUGACAAACUCCCCUACAUAAUAGUAAUGCAUUAUUUAUUUGUAUCUAGGGUUGAUUUUAUUUGUAUUUUCUUGCUGCUAACUUGAAUACUACUCCUAUUUUAAUAAGAUUUAACAUAUAGAAAACUACAAAAAAAUUAUAGUUUAGUUUAGAUCCCAGUUAACACAUUAUUAAGAAUUCUAAACAUAAACAUGACAUAAAAUCAUAACUGAUCAAAAUAAAUAGAUUUCUACUGUAUGCAUAAUUUAUACAUAAAAGUGUAACUGCAAGUUUGUUUUUUCAAACUUAAACUGAACAAUUUAUAUUUGAACACACACACACUGACAUCUGCUGGAUAAUAAAUACUCUCACAACAUAACUCAAAUAGACAUAAAGAUCUAUUAGUCUACUCCACAUGUUAAAUGUCACAGAUAAUGUACAUGGCAGUAGCACUGGAUCCAACGGUGCUCAAGAUUUUUUUUACAGCUAAUAAGGAUGCAUGUUGCCAUUCACAGUGUGGCAACCUCAUUAUCCCAGCUCCCUGUGGAGGUCAAACUAGUAACUUCAUUAGACAAACACUCUGUGGAGGUCAACAUGGUAACCUCUAAAGUACAUCACUCUGUGGACGUCACCCUGGAAACCUCAAUAACCCAGCAUAUUGUGGAAUUCAACAAAUCAACUCCACUAGCCGAGGUUUUUGUGGUAGUUAACAUUGUGACCUUCACAAUAGAGAUGUAUCGAUACCACUUUUCCUCUCCCAAUACCGAUUCCGAUACUUGAGCUCAGGGUAUGGGCCGAUACCGAGUACUGAUCCGAUACCCGAGUGUGUAUCCGUAUAAACAGCUGUGGAUACUACUAGCCCUGUAUUAAUUGACAGAAUUAUUGUAUGCUGUGCUUUAGAUUUAUCCCUUAAUAAAACAUGAACAAGUACA